GGCGGCGGACGAGCGGACCAAACGGACCAGCAAGCAGUCUCGGCCAGUCAGUCUCCGCCGUGUGACAGCUCAGCUCAGUUGGCUGGUGCCAGCACCACAGCAACACUAGCCACGUGAACUGAAGCACCGAAUACAUAGUCUAGCAGGUGAAGAAGAGUGACGGUCCAGAGAGAAGCAGACAGCCGAUAUAGCUGAGGCUCUGACGCUGCAAUUUCGGCGUGGCAGUUGCAUCGGACCUGUUCAGCAACGGACAACCGAAAACACAGCAGCACGGUGCAGCAGUGGGCAGCCGACGAGAUGCUCCUCCAGCUACUGGUUAGCGCUCUGUUGCUGGCGCUCCCAGCCACUACCUCAGCCGCCGAGCUCCCUCCGAUAAAUGACACCCUGAGCCUCCUCCUGAGUAACCAGGAGCGGAUCCUGGAGCGCCUCGCCGAGCUCCAGGCGGUGCCGGAGGAGUGUCCGGCCGGUUGGAGUCACCACAAGGACCGCUGCUACCUGGUGCCCGUCACCAAAGCCAGCUGGCACCAGGCGCACCGGGACUGCGCCCUGCUGCACCGUCGCGCCGGCCUGGCCUCGGUGCACCCGGGGUCCGCCGGCCACCUGAGGGACGUGCUGGCCGCCACCCAGGUGCGCGCCGCCUGGGUGGGUCUGACCCGACUGGCCGGCCGCGGCUCCGGCUGGGUCUGGAGCGACGGCUCCACGCUGGACACGGCCAAGUGGGCGCCGCGCUCCCCGUCAAACUACGGCAGCGGCCAGAAGCACUGUGUGCUGAUGCGCGCGGACAGAUCCGGCUCCUGGGUGGACGACAAGUGCGACAAAGUCGAGCACUUUGUCUGCCAGGUGUGGCUCAAGUGAGCGAUCAGUGCUCGUGAAUGGUCAUUGGUCAAUAAUAGAUGGGACAAUGUGUGCUUCAGUUGCGUUUCAGCCUCGCCUUUUGUCACCAAUCAUGUCAGCCGAACUAUUUCAGAGAAAUAUGAUGUGACAAAGAAACACAUCAAGAAAAAGUAACAUGACUUAUCACGUAUCAUGCUUCGAAGUCAAUCAAAGUACCGUCAUUUAAGGUCAUUUACACCUGGCCGGACCUAUUGGUUUUCUACAAACGCCCCUCUCGAGGGGGGAAAUGGUUGGUCUGACCCCCUUGCCGUUU